CCCAGCCUCGGGAUGGCGUCCUCUCUGCUUGAGGAGGAAGCUCACUAUGGCUCCAGUCCCCUGGCCAUGCUGACUGCAGCGUGCAGCAAAUUCGGUGGCUCCAGCCCUCUGCGGGACUCGACAUCACUGGGCAAAGCAGGCACGAAGAAGCCAUACUCUGUGGGCAGUGACCUCUCAGCCCCCAAAACCAUGGGGGACACCUACCCAGCCCCCUUUUCAAGCACCAAUGGGCUUCUGUCACCUGCAGGCAGUCCUCCGGCGCCUGCCUCGGGCUAUACCAAUGACUACCCGGCCUUUUCCCACUCCUUCCCUGGGCCCACGGGCACCCAGGACCCCGGGCUCCUAGUGCCCAAGGGGCACAGCUCUUCUGACUGCCUGCCCAGUGUCUACACCUCUCUGGACAUGGCGCACCCUUACGGCUCCUGGUACAAGGCGGGCAUCCACGCGGGCAUCUCACCAGGCCCAGGCAACGCUCCUACUCCUUGGUGGGACAUGCACCCUGGGGGCAACUGGCUAGGCGGGGGGCAGGGCCAGGGUGACGGGCUGCAAGGGACACUGCCCACUGGCCCUGCUCAGCCUCCACUGAACCCCCAGCUGCCCACCUACCCCUCCGACUUUGCACCCCUUAAUCCAGCCCCCUACGCAGCUCCCCACCUCCUACAACCAGGGCCCCAGCAUGUCCUGCCCCAAGACGUCUAUAAACCCAAGGCAGUGGGCAGCACUGGGCAGCUGGAGGGGAGUGGUGGAGCCAAGCCUCCGAGGGGCGCAGGCACAGGGGGCAGCGGUGGCUAUGGGGGCAGCGGGGCGGGACGCUCCUCCUGUGACUGCCCCAACUGUCAGGAGCUGGAGCGGCUGGGGGCAGCGGCAGCUGGGCUUCGGAAAAAGCCCAUCCACAGCUGUCACAUCCCCGGCUGCGGCAAGGUGUACGGCAAGGCCUCCCACCUGAAGGCACACCUGCGCUGGCACACGGGCGAGAGGCCCUUUGUCUGCAACUGGCUCUUCUGUGGCAAGCGGUUCACCCGUUCGGAUGAGCUGGAACGUCACGUGCGCACUCACACCCGGGAGAAGAAAUUCACCUGCCUGCUCUGCUCCAAGCGCUUCACCCGGAGUGACCACCUGAGCAAACACCAGCGUACGCACGGCGAGCCAGGCCCCGGUCCCCCGGCCACCGGUCCCAAGGAGUUGGGCGAGGGCCGCACCGCGGGGGAAGAGGAGGCCAGCCAGACACCGCGACCUUCCGCCUCGCCAGCACCCCCAGAGAAAGGCCCUGCAGGCAGCCCUGAGCAGAGCAACCUGCUGGAGAUCUGA